CGCCGAUCCGCAAUAUGGAGUUAUGAUGACGUCACGAGCUGUGCACCGCUCUCAGGCCAAGUAAUGUGAGGUAAUGUAACCCUCCAAGUCCUGGGUUAACUAUGCCACGUCGUUCAUGCAGCGCAUGCAACCAGGGAACUUUGGCGUCGCUGUGGGGAACGACGUCGGUUUUGCUUUCUGCGACUCUCGCCCAUGCUCUUCUGAAGGUCUUGACUCUUGGAAAACAUUGGCUACCAUGCCACUGUGCGCCUCCUCGACGCGAUUCCUAACCCACAAAUAAUUUUACAUCCCUGGUGGCAAAUCAGCGAUGCUGAUCUCGAGUGCAACGGGUCGCCUUGCUCCUGCGCUCAACAAAAUCUGGGUUCGCUCAGGACGCGGUGACCCAGAAAUACGUCCCGGAUGGGACUGCCCCUCUUUGCCAAGGCGAUUCCAUGAUUCCAGAAAAUGUCUGGCACGUGUGGAUCCAAGUGGGUCAGGUCUGUGCAUUACAUGCGCAACACCAUGAUCCUUCAGCUUCCGCCGGGGACUCGCCACCCACCCCGCAGACCUACUGGUCGCAUAGUGCCUCCCAAACCUGCUUUGUGCGAUGCUUCCGGGCGCAUUUCCGCCCAAGAUCUCAGCGCUGCCCCGACAGGCAUCACGCUGUCCUGGGAACCAAAGUCAAAAAGCGACGGCUUGCCUGCUGCAUGGGGCAGCGUGAGAAGGGCAUCUUCUCGGUGUCUUUUGUGAGGACAGCGGCGCAGUCCUCUGCCUCGAGUCCCCCCACGGACGGCUAGUGCACGCAGACGAUCCUGACGCCGAAGCGAGCUGCCGCCUGAGUGGCAUUUCGCUGGACACGGCGUAAAUGCCCUGACAAAGCGAUAGAGUGGAGUCGGUGGCAAGCGGUGCAAUAAAUCAUCGCCUGUGAGCUGGGUGUGUCUUCUCCCCGUGCCUUGCAUUAUUCCUACCCAGAUCUUCGGUAUUGGGAACAUCGGGCGCUGGAUUUUCCCGGUUGGCGCAGGCUCGGCUUACCUCCACUCCCCAUAAUUAUCCCAAGUUUACGCCGAGUCGCCGCAGAGAUCCAGCGUCACGUAAAUACCAUAAUGAAUUUUCCCUGGCUCGGAGGACAGGCAGGAAGCGAGGCUCUCUCUCCACUCGCUGACGUAUCGCGUUACUUAUUACCGACAUGCAAGAGAUCUUGGGCUCGGAUCUGAGUAAAUUCCGGCAAGUUGCGACGUGUGCAUCCACGAUCUGGCGCGCUCACGCUCAAAGAAUGCAGCUCGCCAGGUUACGAGGGGUUCUCACCAGUCCGCGAUCCGAAAUAGCGAGUGGCGAAUAUAGCUACCCGAUGUCGCCUUUGUUGGCUGGGCGCGCUCAUGGCUAAUAAUAUGCACGGCGGCUUAAAUUUCAAGCUCAGCGAAGGGUGGUUUGACAGAGUGUCAGCGAGCUUGACCUAAUGAUAUCUAAGCGAAGACUUGCAGAACGCAAGCCAGGAGUCGCACGUACGUACGCCCCUCAUGGAGCAAGCCGUGCCUCAUGCACCGACCCUUGCUGUG